AUGUUCAAAUUCGUCAUUCUUGCUGCCUUCGUUGCCGCUGCCAAUGCAGUUUUGGCUCCAACUCCUUAUGGAACUGCCGUUACCAGUCAACAUGGCAACAUCCUCCGCUCAUACGGAAAUUUGGGACAAGUUUCGACCUAUUCCAAGACCAUCGAUACUCCCUACUCUUCCGUCAGCAAAUCUGAUGUCCGUGUAAGCAACCCCGGAGUUUAUGGAACUCAUGCCUAUGCUGCCCCAAUUGCUCCCAUUGCCCAUGGAUACCACGGAUAUGCCGCUCCAGCUUAUCAUGGAUAUGCUGCUCCCGCUUAUCACGGAUAUGCUGCUCCCGCUGUCGCUAAAGUUGCUGCCCCAGCAAGCCUCUUGGGAGUUGCUUACUCUCCAGCUGUUGCCGUUUCUCACAUGAGCUACCAAGCACCUGCCAUCUCUUAUGCUUGGUAA